CCUUCAGUCCGUCCCGCCACCUUGGACCGGAGGGCUUGGGGGAAGCUGAAGCGGCCGUGGUGGCUGGACCGCCUGCCGGGGCCGGGGCCUCCGCGGAAGGGCCAUGUCCGAGCCGUCCCCGCAGGGUGCUGAGCGCGACCUUUUCCGGGACACGUGGGUGCGAUACUUGGGCUACGCCAAUGAGGUGGGGGAGGCCUUCCGCUCCAUGGUGCCCGCGGCGGUGGUGUGGCUGAGCUAUGGGGUGUCCAGCUCCUACGUGCUGGCUGAUGCCAUUGACAAGGGCAAGAAGGCAGGGGAGGUGCCAAGCCCCGAAGCCGGCCGCAGCACCAGGGUGACCGUGGCUGUGGUGGACACGUUCGUGUGGCAGGCUCUGGCCUCUGUGGCCAUCCCAGGCUUCACCAUCAACCGGGUGUGCGCGGCCUCUCUCUACGUCCUGGGCGCUGCCACCCGCUGGCCUCUGGCUGCCCGCAAGUGGACCACCACUGCCCUGGGGCUGCUGGUCAUCCCCGUCAUCAUCCACCCCAUCGACAGGUCCGUGGACUUCCUCCUGGACUCCAGCCUGCGCAAGCUCUACCCCUCGGUGGAGAAGCCCAGCUCCUCCUGACCACAGCCUGGCCCCUGGCCAGGGGGUUGGCCCACUCCCUGCUUUCCAACCU